GAGGGCAUGAUCGAACAAUUUAAAAAAAUGGCGGACUCAAAAAAUUGCACGUUAGAGGAUUACCAGAGUAUGGUUGCGAAUCUCAAAUGCUAUCGAAAAAAUCUGCUUAGUCUCAUCGACAAUUCGUUCCGUGGCACAACACAAAACGCUUGUGAAUGGGAUGUCACAUGUUGUUCCUCUGCUGACAAAUGUGUGGUCAGGGAAGGGUGGGGGUCUUACGAUAGUCAGGAACUGGACAGAGGUCCGCUGACAGAGUGGUCGAAAAGUCUUGUAGAUCUUUUGUCUUUUGCCGAGGACUGCAUCCGUCAUUGCACGGAGACCGUAGAGCACUACACUCUCAACCAUCGGCCGCAGACCGACGGCGCACAUACGGGAUGCGAUGGCCUUAAUGGGAACGUACGGACUCUGCUGAACAGCUGCGCCGAUAUUGUAUGUUCUCUUCAGCACAUCAGAGGUCGUCUGGCAUCCGGACAAUUGUCUGUAACGCCGAACCCCGUAGAAACCAAUGAGGUGCACAAUGAGCAAGCCACGAACGCUAGCAGGGAGGUCGAUCUCACUAUGCUGAUGUGCAACAACGACGCAGGUCAAAGUGUCUGUGAGGCACCGGCACACUUGUUGCUAGACUGCAAAGAUAUCAACAUCUCUCGAUGUCAUGAAAUUCGACACAAUUUUCCUUGCGUCCUCGCCAGCAAAGCACCGUCGACAAGCAAUGCAGAGUUCGCAGUGCCUAUGACCACGAAAAUAUUUGAACAGUUCGUGGCAAGUACUAAUAAACGACAAAUGGCUAGGCUUGUGGCGGACCGCAUAUCCCACCUUAUUUCUUUCGCAAAAGAGAUGAUGUCGAGGGUCGUAACAAACGCAGAGCAUCGUGCAGAGGUCAUCAAUUGUCAGCAUUGCCAGAAAGGACUCCACAUCAACGACCGGCUAAGGGCUCUCUAUAAGAGAUUUCAUCAGCACACCAGCGGCGGGGGCACCACUGCAGCAUGUGAUGAYGUGUUGGCCACUAUUCAAAUGGAAACUGAUCAGAUGCUGGCUAAUGUGGAUGACAACGAAAGCGGUGCACGRCGGAACAGUGGUCACACAGAGAAGGUGGGUGCAGAGAGAGAGGACGAAGAUGUUGGCAGCGAGGGUCCUCACAGUGGAUGCAUUGUCAAAGAUGCAAAUGUGACAAAGACAAUGGCAGGAGAUAGAUACCCGUACGAUGUGAACUGGGUGYCUGGUCGUGUUCAGCCUGGUAUCGUUGGAKGUGUGGAUUGCUUUGCUUUCAAGGUUGGUGAUGAGUGGGUUGCUUUUCCUCCCCCAAUGAAUGAAACAUGGUGUAACGUAUGUCUGUCAUUUAUCUAUGACAGAGUGUUGAGGUUAAAUGACGGGGCAACGACCCAAGAUGCUUGCGGACACGCAUUGGACAUGUAUCGUGUUCUAGAGGUAAAGGGUGAGUUGCGCCUCAAUGAUUUCCUAUAUGAUAACGUUGACUGCGGUCGGCUGUGGGAGUUGGGUGGCGAGCAAGGCAGGAGAAGGACUCCAGUCGCCCAGGAUGAUGCAAGGAGGGAUCCUCGAUGGGGUUGGGUGCCAUCUGCAGUCCCAUUUGGAUAUGGCCGUGUCAAGAUGCAAGAGCGUGAUAUCAUGGGCAAUGUGUGGAGCGCGCAUUACGUGAAUGGCAUGUUUUCGUUCCGUCAUUUCGACAGAGAAGCAGCUGCAGAGGAAAAGGAAGCGAUGAGAUGCAGGCCACGCGAUGCACGCAUUUCUGACCCGUCACUUGGCAAUCCUGUCGAGUUGGCCCUCGCUGAAGCGAAGGUGUUUACUGGUGAGAAGUGCAUUACAUACGUCCACGUUAUGGGGAAAGAAGCCACAUUUGAUGACAUCUGUAUGGACGUAUGGGACCAUACAGCAAUGCGGAAGGAUGUCGUCGCAGCCAGUAACAUUGCGGCGCAUGUGAUUCAAGAAGGGCAGUUGUACCAGCAUGUGGCCCGUGACAUGUGCUGGCUGAUAUUGUAUGCUCUGUUCACCGCUUGUGUGUAUGCUGUUGAGGUGGCGCUAAUGUGGAGUCGCCACUUUGGAGGCAAUCGGUCGACGGGUAUGGCUGCAGAGGCUGGAAAGAGACCCAAGAGGGUGGACGAGGAACACUUGUUCCCGUUCACGUGGAAAUCAAGAAGACACGCUAUAUCGAUAACAAAACGGGACGUAUUGCGAUUGGGUGUCAAGCAGUGGCUGAACGAUAACGUGAUCGAUAUGUACUUACAGUCCGUCUAUGACGAACAUUUUCCAGAUGGAGACAAUAUGACACUUCAUGUUUGCACAUCUUUCUGGCACCCCGCAAUUAUCGCCAAUCAGAAGGUUUAUGUCGGGAAAGCGGAAUGGCAGGGGCGGAUCAAGAGUACAUCGCCAAAGCUGCGUCGAAUAAGCAAUGAACUGCGAACAACAAGUGUUGUUCUCAUCCCUGUGAAUCACGAAAACCAUUGGAAAUUGCUCUUGCUACUGAAUGUCGGCCAGUUUUUUGCAGUCACGGAGGACAACGAUGGCCAGAAACGACCUGUUGCGAUCGUCAUCGAUUCCUUUCAACAGAGCGGCCGACAGGAAUGAAAGGCGUUACGCACAUUUUUGUGGUAUGAAUACCUCAGCGAGGCAGACAAAGCAGGGGUGUUGACUCCCGACACAGUGGACACGUC